AGUUGGGUGAACCAGUCUGUAAAGAAUGACAAUGUUGCAGAACUGUGUUAGUCUUCCGGUCAUUUAUUCUAUUUUUCUUUCUGUUACAGACGACAGCAAAAAAUUCAACAACAACAGUGGCGAGUCGAUGAGUGACACAAAUCGUAACAGUGACAGUGAUAAUGGCGACAAAAAUCGAGGCGACAGUGAAAACAACAACUAUCUUAUGCUGCAAGCAAAACACCGGCUGAAUCACAGUCAUCCAACCAUCCACAGCACGCAGGAAGAGUACAUAGACCUGGACAAGUUGUAUCAAUCACACCACAGAACUCUCCUCAACUCCUCAUACUCGCCAGCAAGUUCGUCACACUAUCAACACAAUCAUCAACAUUUACAGCACACCAUCAACCAUCCACAUCAUCAGAACAUUCUGGCACAACAGCUGAGCUGUCUCCACAGGCAACAGCAUCCCACUGACCUUGGCAUCAGGGGUCAAGGUCAUGGCAAUCCUCAUCAGGGUCAUCCCCAAGGUCGAAUCCCUCUUCAAGGUCAUCCUCAAGGUCGAAUCCCCCCUCCAGGUCAUCCGGGUUCCUCAUCUCAAGGUCACCGAAGCAGUCAACUCCACCACCUUCAUCCCCCCGCCAGCGUGUCAUCAUCCACCUCCCCCACCUCUCUGUCCAUCCCCUCCCCCCACCUCAACAGCGACCACAAUCAUCGUCGCAAUCAUCUUGGUCAUCAUCAACACCUGCCGCAGCAGUUGCCUCAUGCGCAUGCGCAACAAACGACUUCAGCACUAUCAAUCAACACCAGUCAUCAUUCCUACAAUAAUUAUCCUCCUUCAGUAUUCAACGGCGGAACCGGAACUCACCCAGUGGGCAGUCAGAGUCAGGGCAGAGAUGGAUACGGCCAAUCCAGUGCGGGAAAUGAACCCAACGACUACAGCUCAUAUGCUCAACAACAAUAUCCCAACUAUAAUGAAGACCCUGACAGUGAUUCGGAAUCCGAUCACCAAAGAGACAUUGAAGCACAGCCGAUCAAAAAGAGACCCGGAAGACCAAGAGGAUCCAGACGGAAAAAACCAGAAAAACUCGGUAGACUUUGGGAGUUCAUCAGAGACCUGUUGCUGAACAGCGAAACCUGUCCCAGUCUGAUCUGUUGGGACAACUACGAGGAAGGCAUGUUCCGGUUUGUGCACAGUGACAAGGUGGCCAAGCUUUGGGGGGCCAAGAGAGACAAUCCCGACAUGAACUACGAAAAACUUAGCAGAGCCAUGAGUGGUAUUGAAUGUAUUACCAGAACAAAUUCCGGUAGAGUUAACGAAGAAAGGAGUGUUUCGAAUUUGAAAGAAACUUGUGGAUUUUUAAGGUAUUACUAUAAGAGUAAGGUAUUACAGCCGGUAUUUGGUCGACGUUUGGUUUACAAAUUCGGGCCUGAAGCGAAAGGAUGGAAAACCGACAAUCCUAACUUUAGAUGUUGAAUGUGUUCUUAGAAGCCAAAGAGAAUCUGUGAUAAACAUAGACCUGCCAAGGAAACAUACAUCAUAGAAAUCAAACUUGGCAAUAAUCAUUAUUGUUGUCGCUUCGGUCA